UUUUUUCCGAAAUCUAUCAGGGCCAAGCCUCAUUGAGCCUUUAUUUUAUAUAUGUAUGAGUAAACAUAUCAUUAUUCAGAUAAGUAUAUGUUUAUUCUAAAGAAAGAAAAAAAAAUAAUAAUUCAGAUACAAGGUACAUUUCCCAAAGCUUUACUAUCUUAUUAUCGGACUGUUGAAAGCCUAUAAAGUAUUCAAUUUUUUUCCGAAAUCUAUAAGGGCCAAGCCCCAUUGAGCCUUUAUUAUAUAUAUGUAUGAGUAAACAUAUCAUUAUUCAGAUAAGUAUAUGCUUUUUUUAAAGAAAGAAAAAUAAUAAUAAUUCAAAUACAAGGUACAUUUCGAUGGCGCCCCCUGAACAGAUUGAUCUAGAAGUUGGGAUUCCACUCCCUUAUGUGAAUCCUUCGUCUGGUGUAUUAAUGCAUGAUGUUGGCCAACUCUUCGAAGAAUAUCAUCUAAGGUUACAAAAAGCUUGCCUCCGCGGUGACUGGAAGGCAGCUGAAAAAAUACAUGAAAAUCAUCCGAAUUGCUUCCAGGAAAAAAUUUCAAGAAAUGGAGAUACUGCUUUGCAUAUAGCAGCGGCGGCAGGGCGUGAUGUGUUUGUUAAGCAAUUACUAACACACGCCCAUUUACAUGGCCAAAAAUUGGAUUUGGAGCUGCCUAACAAUGAAGGAAAUACAGCUUUGUAUUUGGCUGCUGCAUCGGGUAAGGUUAACAUUGUCCACCAAAUGCGGAGAUUGAAACCAAAUCUGCUCAACAUCCCCGGUGGAAGUGGAAUGAAACCAAUUCAAAUUGCUGUUUUACAAGGCCAUGACAAGAUGGUCGAACAUCUCCUAGAUCAUUGUUUUCAUGAUUUGUCUAGGAAUGAACAAACCGAUCUACUUAUUGCUACUCUUGAAAAAGAUAUUUAUGAUGUGGCUUGGAAGAUCAUACAAAAAGAUAAAGAUGAUGAAAUAGCCACUAGACGUAAUGGAAAUUCUCUAACACCAUUGCAUGUCUUGGCAAGAAAAACCCACAUAGAGAGCCGAAGUUAUCUCAAGUACGAUUGGAUUCCACUGAGAAAGCAGCACCAAGAUCACCUUAAAAAUGAACUGGUUGAGAACCUUUGGAGAAGAGUGAUAAGUUCAAGAAAUCAUCAAAAAAUCUCUGAGUUGUUAUCGUUUCCACAACCUGAACUGCUCUUUGUCGCGAUAAGGAUGGGGAACUAUGAGUUCGUGACAACCCUCAUUCGUCAUUACCCGGAUCUAAUAUGGGAAAAAGACCAUCAGCGUAGAACCAUAUUUCAUGCUGCUGUUGAGUACCGUCAAGAGAAGAUCUUCAGUCAUAUUUUCCAGCUUGAAGGUAUUAGGCAUUUGCUAACCGCUUACACGAAUCCUUUUAAUAGAAACAACAUCCUACACUUAGCCGCCACUCUACCUGAGCCUGAAAUACUCGGUAAAGCCUCGGGUGCUGCUCUUCAAAUGCAGCGAGAACUCUUAUGGUUUCAGGCAGUUGAAAGUAUAGUACCGCGUCAGUAUGCUCAUUCAGAAAAUUCAACAUUAACGCAAAUAAGCGACACAGAAGUAAUGGAAAGUACGGAAACGCCACGAGAGAUGUUCAACAGAGAACACGAACAACUACGAAAAGAUGGGGAGAAUUGGAUGCGGAAGACCUCCGCUUCAUGUAUGGUUGUCGCGGCUCUAGUCGCAACCAUAGUCUUCCAAGCAAUCUUUCAACCACCAAACAAGCAAAGUAACGAGAAAUUAUUUUGGGUGUUUGUUAUAUCAGAUGCAUUCUCCUUGUUAUCGUCAACUGCGUCAAUCUUAACAUUUCUUUCGAUUUUGACUUCAACGUAUGCGGAAGAGGACUUCUUAGUAUCAUCGUUAAAAUUGAUGGUUGGUCUGGUUCUGCUUCUUUUCUCCAUAUUGGCAAUCUUGUUGGUGUUUACCGUGUCAAUUAUUAUCCUUUUGCCCUACAAAUCAGUGUGGAUUAUUGUUGCCGUCUUUGCUUGGUUCACCGGUGUCAUUUACCUCCGGCUUCAUUUCCCUUUGUUGGUAGUUGUAUACCGUUCCACCUUCGGAACUAAGUAUCUUUUCCGUCAUCAGCAUGAGCUAUUUCGAGAUUAAUUUAUAAUUAACGUCCCCUUGGAGGGCAGGUUAUGUUCUACAAGAGUUUAUGAGCUACAUUUCUUGGUGGUUGUUUACUUUGACUUUUGUACGAUUGAGUAUGUAUUACUACUAAUGUUCAAAAGGAAAACUGAUUUAGGCACACCUAAAAUUGAUCAUAGCACACUCAUUGUGAAAGCACAAUUUUCAAUGCUCUUCUUACAUAGAGGUAUUCUAAAAUCAAUAUUUGGUGUGUCAAAAAUAUUUCGGGUGCGAAAAGUAAAUAUUACUCCGUAUUGAGUAAAAUGUUACUGCAUUGGUCAUAUUUUGUUAUUGUAUUAGUCAUAUUUUAUUGAAAUUUGGAGGCUUGAAAGGUUAAGUGGUUGUUUUCUAGUUAUAAGGUACAUCACAUACAUAUAUGUAUGUAUCCAACAAUAGAUAUAUUGUAGUUAUACUUAUCUAUUCACCAAACAAUGCAACAAGGGAGGGGCUUAGGCAUCUCAAUAACAUUUUUUAAUAUUAAAUAGCUUUAAUUUUUUAAAAGUUAAAAUUAUUAAAUAAAUUGUUUUAUGAAAGUAUAUAUCAAGAUGAAUUUAACAAGAUCUCACCAAACAAUCAGCUC